AUGGCACCUCGAGUCCCCCGCAAGAACACGUACACAACAAAUCAUGACGAUUUCCUUCAACAGUUCACUCAACGAGAGAAUGAGAAGCGACGAAUCAACAAACCCAAGCCUCGCAGUGCAAAAGAACGGGCUGCUAUUCGGGAGAAGCUGAAGGACGUGCAGUUCCUUCUACCUGACCACGCCGACGGAACGAAGAUCAACAUCGCAGGCAUACUCAAAAAAUGGAAAGUUUACUGCCAUGCUGCCGAACUAGGGGAUUGGAAAGAAGCGAUAAAAAAGCUCUGUCGGCCUGUAGCCCAGGAUUUCCUCGACCAUCUGUGCGAGAGAUGGAAGAUCACGUCCUGGAGCACAUCGUGGAUAUACUGGCGGCAGUUUAAACAACUCUUUACGAGUGUCACAGGCCAAUUCUUCGACAGGAAUGACAACAACGAAGUGCGAAAGUGGCACGACACGGUUCUAGUUACAAGAUGGGAUUUGCGGCCACCUAACGUUGACGGCAAGCCAGUUCUUGGUACCGAUGACUUGUUAGUGCUGCAAACUUUCAACCUAGCCUACGAUGACACCAUCUUCCCUUCCGAACGACAUAGAGUUCAGCUUUUAGGCUGCUACCUGUUGCUUGCAUUUACUGGCGCACGACCCGGAGAAAUCGUAGACAAUGAGAAAAAGAAGCCAAAGGACGGCUCAUGGCAAGACAUAUACGGCCGAAAGACAGCUGGGGCUGAAGACUCAGAUGAUGGCAAUAAAGAUCUAGAUGAAGCUGACCGUUUGCUCGAAGAAAUGCUUUUUCAGGAAGCAAAGCAUCGUGGCCGGCCCAAGGCACUUUGCUAUGAAGAUAUCUUCUUGUCGAUUGUGCGACAUCCCGAAACUGGCAAGGACGUCGCGACUAUGUCAAUCAAGUUUAUCCACCAUAAAGGCGAGGACCGAAAACCCAAACCAACUAUCUUCCUUUUCACUGGAACAAGGAGGCUUAUGUUUUGCAUCGUGACUGUCAUAAUCAGUCUUGCUAUUAGCGACGACGCAUUCGACGCUUCGAAUUUGAAGAGCGUUGCAGAUGUGUUCAAAAUCCGCAACAGAGAUCCGGAACAAUGCCAGCAGCUUCGAUGGAAGAAAAAGUGGCUAAAACGGCCAAUCUUCCGUGGGUUUGAAGGCUCUACCGUGUCUCAGGAGAAAGCUCUUCCUUACGAUGAGCUGAAUGACGAUAUGCAGCGCCAAACAUUAGAUGCCGGAUUUGAGCAAGCGUUUGGGCCAAGAGCAUUUCGCAGAGGAGCUGCGAACAAAGCCAAUGGGAGGGCAUCAGAUGCUGUUCGCGACCAAAUGAUGCGGCACGACCCCAAAUGGGCCACUUUCAAUAGCGCAUACAUCAACGAGAAGGUUCAGCUCCACCUCGAGAGGGUCGUUGCUGACGAGCCGACCGACGACUGCCUCAUUGACUUGUUCACACAUAUGAGCAUGACCCGGGAUCCACGAGCCAGUCAGAAUAUGGUGCCUGCAGAGGUGUUGCGGAAAUUGCCACCGGACCCUGAAAUUGCACAGCUUGAAGAUCGCAGAGAUCAGCUCAAGAAAGGACGAUAUCGGAUCCAAGGUACCGAGCACGAGGACCAGAUACGGGAUCUCACGAAAACGAUCCGUACGAAGCGGACACAACGAGAGAAAAACCUCCGAAAACAGUAUCGACAAUACUACUUUUACAACCGGCCCACUUGGGAGAUAGAGCGGCAACUCGCAGGCGAAAGCGACGACGAGGCGGGGGUUGUUUAUUCUGAGCCAGCUAUUGACCUUCACAUACCUGAACGAGCUCGGCUCGCUGAACUCCUCUGCCACCAGCAGCCAGACAAGCAGAGCUAUGAAGAAUACUGUAAACUUCGCAUUGAAGUUGCGGAGUUAAUGGUCGCGCUGAGCAGCAAAAGAGAAACUAUUAAACGCAAGAGAGUCCAAAAAGUGUCGGACGUUGAUACUAUGAGUGGGGUUCUCACAGAUGUCCAUGUAAAGGAGGAAUCGCCUGAGCCCGACAGAUUUCCACUCCUGAUGCUGAAAUCGCAGUGUCCGCGAUGCAUCGGUGACGAAUCCCUGUCUGUUGAAGAGAGAACUUUCCCCUACUGCCGCCCUGCGGUAAUGAACGAUCAUUUUGACCGCGAGCAUCUGGAUACGAUUGAGAGCUUUGAUAAUCUUAUCAUGUGCAACCACCCGAAGUGUACGGAUGCUGAUUUGAAGUUGACAAGCUUAGACCAUUUUCGGAAUCAUGUUGCCCGUGUUCAUGGCGUCACCCUUAGAGCCUCGCGGUCGUAG